CAACAACUCAACAACCCAAACCCACCAACCUCUUUAUAAUAACCUCCCUCUUCUCUAAUUUCCUUGGCCACAACGAUCAUCACUUUGAUCCAUUCCCUUUGUUGGAAUCCACAACCCAAAACUCAAAAAGACAUAAACAAGACUUGAAAGAAACAAAGAUUGUAGCAUUACCAACAUGGGUAGAACAAACUUGAUGCUGAGGAUUGUGUUGUUAAUCUCUGUGCUGAGCUCCAUGAUGUUUGGAUCUUCAGCACAGACAACAUGUAAAGGACAAACCUUUAACAACAACAAGGUGUAUGCCACGUGUCGUGAUCUUCCACAUUUAUCAUCAUACCUUCACUGGAGCUAUGUUCAAUCCACUGGAAAACUUGACAUAGCAUUCAGGCACGCAGGGAUCACCUCAUCAAGUAACUGGGUAGCUUGGGCUAUCAAUAAAAAUAACGACUUGCAAUCAGCCAUGUCUGGAGCACAAGCAAUUGUGGCUACCACAACUGGUGGUACCACAAAAGCAUACACUUCACCAAUUGCUAGCCCCAGCACACAGUUGGCACAAGGGAAUAUCAGUUAUGCAACCACUGGUGUGUCUGCUACUUAUCAAGGUAGUGAGGUUACCAUUUAUGCUACUGUUACUCUCCCUAAGGGGACCACAUCAAUAGUCCAUCUUUGGCAAGAUGGUGCUAUGUCUGGUUCUACUCCUCAGAUACAUGCUCAGAAUUCUGCUAAUCUUGAUUCCAAGGAAAAAUUGGAUCUUGUUUCCGGAUCCAGCCAAGCAGGAUCCAGUGGUGGAUCUCUUAGAAGAAGAAGAAAUGUUCAUGGAGUGCUGAAUGCACUGAGCUGGGGGAUCUUGAUGCCUAUUGGUGCAAUAAUAGCAAGGUAUGUGAAGGUGUUCCCAUCUGCAGACCCUGCUUGGUUUUACCUUCAUGUGACAUGCCAAACCUCUGCAUACAUUAUUGGUGUUGCUGGUUGGGGAACUGGUCUCAAACUUGGCAGUGACACACCUGGUGUGACUUAUCAUACCCACAGAACACUUGGCAUCAUCCUCUUCUGCUUUGGAACCCUUCAGUUGUUUGCUUUGCUUCUGAGGCCAAACAAAGAUCACAAAUACAGACCCUAUUGGAACAUCUAUCACUACCUGAUCGGAUACGGCACCAUAGUUAUCAGUAUUGUUAACAUCUUCAAAGGGUUUAGUGCACUGGAGAAAUCUGCUCAGGAUCGCUAUGAUAACUGGAAGCAUGCAUACAUUGGCAUCAUUGCAGGUUUGGGUGGACUUGCUCUCCUUUUGGAGUGUUUCACAUGGAUUGUUGUCUUGAAGAGGAAGAAAACAGAGGGAAAGAUGUCACAUAAUGGAGCAAAUGGUGCUAAUGGCUAUGGGGUUAGGCCACAGAAUGUGUAGGCUUUUAGUGGUUAACUGGCUAUACAUUUGAGUUUUGAUGUUGGAGCUUACUGUGUGUAUAUUUGCUCACAUAUAUUGAGAGUGUAAUUUUUAGGGUACUCCAAGCUGCUUAGAGCUUGGUUUUGGAGAUUAUUCUUUCAUAGAAAUAGUGAGUUCCUGGGGCUUGGUUCUUCUCCAUGCUAUUCCAGAGGAUACUUUGUAUCGGUUUCUUACUAUUUGUAUUUAUUAUUUACUUUUUUCUGAUUA